GUCAACAUUGACUUGUCAUCGCAGGUAGCUGGUAGGAUUUAUCUUCAAACAUCAGAAACAUGCACUGUGCUAUGCUAAAGGCAGAAGCAGUGGAUGGCGCUCAUCUGAUGCAGAUCUUUUGGCACGAUGGGACAGAGUCGCUCUACCCGGCGGUAUGGCUGAGAGACAACUGUCAGUGUUCUGAAUGCUACCUGCAUUCUGCAAAAGCCCGGAAACUUCUCCUAGAAGCUCUCGAUGUGAACAUUCGAAUCAAAGACUUGUCAUUUGACAGGAAGAAGGUUUAUAUCACAUGGCCCAAUGAGCAUUACAGUGAAUUCGAAGCUAAUUGGCUGAAGAAAAGAUGCUUUUCCCAACAGGCCAGAAUAAGACUCCAAGGAGAAUUGUUUUUACCAGAAUGCCAGUACUGGGGCUCAGAGCUCCAGUUGCCUACUCUGAAUUUUGAAGAUGUGCUAAAAGAAGAUGAGCAUGCAUACAAAUGGCUCUCCAGCCUCAAGAAAGUGGGCAUUGUGAGACUCACUGGAGCAGCUGACAAAUGUGGAGAGAUCACAAAACUUGGGAAAAGGAUUGGCUUCUUGUACCUCACAUUCUAUGGGCACACUUGGCAAGUACAGGACAAAAUUGAUGCCAACAAUGUGGCUUAUACAACUGGGAAGCUCAGUUUCCACACUGAUUAUCCAGCCCUCCACCAUCCACCUGGGGUUCAGCUUCUGCACUGCAUAAAGCAAACAGUCACAGGAGGUGAUUCUGAAAUUGUAGAUGGGUUUAAUGUGUGCCAAAAGCUCAAGGAGAAGAAUCCUCAGGCAUUCCACAUUCUGUCCUCCACCUUCGUGGAUUUUACAGACAUUGGGGUGGAUUAUUGUGAUUUCUCUGUGCAAUCUAAACACAAGAUAAUAGAGUUGGAUGAUAAAGGUCAAGUGGUUCGCAUCAACUUUAACAAUGCAACCAGGGAUACAGUCUUCGAUGUUCCCAUUGAAAGAGUUCAGCCUUUCUACUCUGCUCUGAAAGAGUUUGUUGACCUCAUGAAUAGCAAAGAAUACAAGUGCACCUUCAAGAUGAAUCCAGGUGAUGUGAUUACCUUUGACAACUGGCGCUUGCUCCAUGGACGUCGUAGCUAUGAGGCAGGAACUGAGAUAUCCCGCCAUCUGGAAGGAGCUUAUGCUGACUGGGAUGUAGUGAUGUCAAGGCUGCGUAUUCUAAGACAGAGGGUCAAGAAUGGGAACUGAUUUUCCUGUUCUUAAAUCUUAGUGCAAGUCUAAUGACUGAAUGUUAUUAGUUAUAGCCAUACUAUUCUCAUAUCAUGAUCAACAUCAUUUACAUAUUAAUUUCUUUAAAUCUGAACAUGCAAACAUGUAAUUUCUCUUAUCAGAGUAUUCUUCCUUGCUAUCACAAUCAAUGUCAUGGUAGAUGUCAUGAUAGGGGCCAUUUUAAAGCAUCCCUUCUGUGAUAAUUGUGCUCUGACUUCCUUUGUUUUGUGAGUGUCACCAGAACACCUAUAAUUAGUUCUGAAUGAAACAAAUCUUUCUGACAAAUAAAGCUUUUUGUGUAGAAAUAAAGAUUGUGCUUUAAAUAAAAUGUCUUAAAACACA